AUGGUCGCCAACAAGCAACUCGCCGCCUUCUUCUACACCUCGCGUGGCCAAGGCCUCUUCAGCUGCAACUUAUGUAACAGCGUGCGCAAACAGUUGGCUGGGUCAGGUUACUCCAAUCUGGUGGCACACCUGGCAUCGAAGCACGCUGGCUACGAGGCAACGUACGCAUCGCUCCAGGCCAGCUCGGACCGAUCUCUUCAAGGGUUCGGCUUCGUCGCAGAGGAAGCCAAUCAUCUCUUCCAAUGGGUCCGUUGGAUCAUCGAACGCAACAUUCCCGUCCACGAAGUCGAAGAUGCACUAACUCGGGCCAUCAGCAAGCUCCGACCUGUGACCGCCAAGGCCGUCAAGAAGUGCAUGGAGGGGGUCGCAAUUGAAGUCGGCGAGAAGCUGGGGAAAGAGAUGGGAACGCUCUUCACUUUAAUGUUUGACGGCUGGACCCACGCUGGCAUUCACUAUGUUGCUCUCUACGCCGUCUACGAGACAGCUGAUGGCGAUCAGACGGCAGACGCCCACAUCAAGCUGUUCAAGAACAUCCUGGAUGUGUACGACAAGAUCAGCGACAUGGUGGGGUUUCUGGUGGGGGACAACUGCGCAACUAACCAGUCCAUUGCAACCAAGAUGGGUAUCCCCCUCUUCAUGGAGCCGUAUGGCGACUUACUGGACGAAGUCAACAACCUUAUGGUGGAACUUCGUCAUGAAAACAACCGUGCCGAGCUGAAGAAGUACACCGAUCUCGUCCCUAUCAAGCGGAACGUUACGCGUUGGUCCUCGACGUUUACAAUGGUGGAGAGGUACAUUCGUAUUCGCGCAGAGAUCAGGAAGGUCGACGCCGUGGAGGAAAUGGUCCCAACCGGCGGGAAGCACCGGAAGUUGGUCACGCUGUUUGAGCACCUCAAGAAGUUCGAGAGCGUCUGUAAGCGGCUUCAGCGCGAGGACGCCGAUAUGGGAGAGGUAUGCCUGAUGUUCGACUCCCUCAUCGCGGAGUACCCUGUCAUGUCAGAGCAUCUGAAGUCGACCGCCAAGAUCGUCCAUACGCCUGCAUUCGAAUCGGGUGCUGUCAAGGUCAUCUCUGGCACGGCUCUAUCGUCCGCGGAGACAGCAGCUUUGAAGCGGUUCGAGCAGGCACAACCCACAGGAAAGAAGUGCAAGGAGCGGGAAGAAGACUACGCGACGAUGUUGCUCCAAGGCAAGGGAAAGAAGAGGAAACAAGCGCCAAGUACCACACGUUACAUGCCGCUCGUGAAAAUGGUUCCUCCAUCGUCAAACACGGUCGAACGGCUUUUCUCUCAGUGCAAGCUGGUAUUGACACCGCAGCGUCGAUCUAUGUUUCCGGCCAACUUCGAGCAGCUGGCGUUUCUCCGGGUCAACCGCGGCAUGUGGGACGUUUCCACAGUAGCCCGAGUUAGCAAGCAGCAGGGUAGCUAA